GCUCAGCCUGCGAUGACCUCUGACCUCUGACCUCUGACCCCUCUGAGAGACACCUCUGAGGAGGAGGAGCAACCGUUGGACCUCUGAGGAAGGAUGGAGGGAGGAGAGGAAGCUGAAACCUCCUCCAAACUGGACAUAGCCUCACAGAGAGGAGGAGGAGCUGGAGCAGGAGGAGCAGGAGGAGGAGACUCCUGCAGACAUAAUGGCCUGAUCAACACUCAGCGGUUGGGGGCGGAGCCUCGGGAGGCGCUGCUGUUGCUGUACUCUGCUCCUCACUAUCAGGGUCAUGUGCAGGAGAGGAGCAGCAGAGGAGCUCCUCCUCCUCAACUCCUCAACCCAAGCGCCCUCCUCCCUCACCAGGCGGUGCCGGACCCGCGCCUCCGGCCGCCCCCCGGCCUCUUCUUAUGCCCCGAGAGCGUCCUGCGGGCGUGGGGGGAGGCCGGGGGAGGCGACUGCUGCGAGACCACCUUCAUCGAGGGGCUCGACACCUCCUCCUCCUCCUCGGGGAAGUUUGUGGACUUUGGUGAUGAGGAGGCGAAGAUUCACACGCUGUCCUACGACAUUGAGGACGAAGACGAGUUCCAGGAGCUCGAGAGUGAUUACUCCAGCGAAUCAGAGAGUGAGGAUACCUUCCUGUUGAUGCCUCCCAGAGAUCACCUGGGCCUCAGUGUCUUCUCUAUGCUCUGCUGCUUCUGGCCACUCGGCAUCGCCGCCUUCUACCUGUCACAUGAG